UCCCACUCAGUUUUCAAAUAACAUUCAUCAUCACAUUCUCAUUCCUUCUAACAAUGGCAGUUUCAAUUCAAUUAGCUACCAUUUUUGUCACUCUAAUUUUGUUUCAAUACAUAACAUAUUCAUAUUCAACAACAUUCUCAAUAGUCAACAAGUGCAGCUACACAGUCUGGCCCGGAAUUCUAACAGGCGCCGAAACAACCCCGCUGUCCAACACCGGCUUCGUUCUUCAGCCCGGCGAGUCCAACACCCUCCCCAUGCCACCAAACUGGUCCGGCCGCCUAUGGGGCCGGACACUCUGCACUCAAGAUACCACCAGGAAAUUCUCCUGCGCCACAGGCGACUGCGGCUCCUCCACCUUAGAAUGCGUAGGAGGAGGCGCAGCCCCGCCGGCCACUCUCGCCGAGUUCACCUUAAACGGCGCCGGCGGGCUUGAUUUCUACGACGUCAGCCUCGUCGACGGUUACAACCUCCCAAUGACGGUGGAGCCUCAGGGAGGUACCGGAGGCGGGAACUGCACGUCGACGGGGUGCGUGGUGGACCUGAACGCGGCGUGCCCGACGGAGCUGAAGGUGAUGGGCGGCGGAGAAGGCGUCGCGUGCAAGAGCGCGUGUGAAGCGUUUGGAGAUCCGCAGUAUUGUUGCAGUGGAGCUUACGCGACGCCUGAUACGUGUAAACCGAGCUCGUACUCGCAAUUCUUCAAGAGCGCGUGCCCACGCGCUUAUAGUUACGCGUAUGAUGAUGGCACCAGCACCUUCACCUGCGCUUCUGCUGAUUACACCAUCACUUUCUGCCCCAUACCAUCCACAAGUUCAAUCAAGUCAGGGAACGGAAAAUUCCCAGUGGCGGUGGACACAUCUGGAGGGAAUGUGGACAGGAGGACAACCACCAGUUUGAUGGCGGUGGUAGUUGCCUCUGUUUUGGUGGCGUUUUGGUUACUUAAUUAGUUUGCCAUUGUCAACAUUACAUGGCCGGUGAAUUUGGUGGAGUAUGACUUUUUAUGUGCCGGUUUGGUACCAUUAGAGAAAGUAUGAAAUAAAAAAUAACACAUCGCGAGAGGCACUUUUUAUUCGAGAUGUGUCAUUUUUUUCAUUUUCAUACUCUUUAAUUGGUGGUAGUCUCAAUUGAUUCCUCAAGUAGCUGAAUGAGGAAUCAGGUCACAUUGGCAAUUAUUCAACUUGGUGCAUGUUCAACAGAGUCAGCACUUGUGCAAAGAAUGACACUUCUCAUCAACUUGAUAUUCAUUGGAUCAUGUGUUAAUGUUUCCAUCGAACACUUGUUAGAUUUAGAUUCAGUGAUUUACAGACAGGAUUAGGCAGGUAGCAUUACAUCAACUCAUGAAUCUCACACCAUUCAUGUGGGGCUGUCCUCUACCUGAAGAGACCGAGGCAUCUUUGGAACUUGAAAUUCAAUAGUUUAUUAGUAUGAAUAAAAUAGCUAUAGGAUACUACUCAAUUUGCUCCAAUUGUAAAUAUGAACAUUUUUAAAAUGAAAUGAAUGGAGUGCAAUUUUGUCA